AUGGUUCGCAGAAGGACGCCGUCCCAAAACAAUUCCGUGGAAUCGUCCCCCAGAGUUAGAGCUAGGCAUCGUCGUCAAACGAGUGAUAUUCUCACCGAGGAGAAACAUUCCAACGAAGAAGAUGAGAUUUUACCUCCCAGGCGUAAAAAGCAAAAGGUAAAUUAUAACGAGGAUGCUAUCUUUGACCAGGCAUACCAGGAUCAGGACGACGAUGAUGGCGGCGACAAGUUGACUAAUGAAAAUGUCAAUGAAAAUGGCCAUAACGACCCUACUGAAAAUACCACAGUCCAGGUUGACCAAACCGAUAAUAACGUGAAGAAUGAACAUAGCGAUAAAGAAAGCGAAUACAAUGAUUCUGAAGAUUACAACGGCGAUGAUCAGGCUGACUCUGAAUUUGAUGGAUUAACCUCUGAGGAGGAAAGAUUCGCAAAGAGAAAGGCUGAUGAAGAGUUCAUAGUGAAGGACGAUUUUGAUUACGAUGAUUCCAAAUCCAAGGGUCGUCGCAGAGCUCGAAGAACUCGCAGUUCCAGGUCAAAAGGCUCCAAUUCUCAGUCCAGAAAGUCAAGAAGACAAAUACUCGAUUCUGAAGAGGAAGAGGAUGAUGCUAACGCUUCCCAAUCUGUAGAAGUUUCUGAUCAUGCCGCAUCCUCGAUCCAACAAGAGCUCGAAGAUCUCAAGGAUUCUCCUCCAAAUACUCCCCCUUCCAGAAAGCUGAACCUGAGGAACAGGAAGAACGUUGAUUAUACUAUCCCACCCCCACUUGCAAAUGAGAUAACUGAACUAGUGAACCCCCCAACUCCGAAAAAACGAGCAUACAGUUCUCAUGCCAAUCGAUUGAAGCGUCUGUUCCCCACUGUAGGUCCAUUUGGAGGCAGUGAUGUAACUUCAAUCUUUGGUCAAAAUGUACCUGGACUCACGGCAUUAAAUAACGACUCUAGCUCUUCAUCUGAGGAUGAAAUUGCGCCGAUCAACUCUAAAAGCAACAGGAAAGAUCCUAAUGCAAAAUUUAAUACCGGUCCAGCUAACAUGGGUAAAGUUAUCAAAUCAAAAAAGAACUCUUUGGCUGACUCAGAUCCUUUAGGUGUCGAUAUGAACAUUGAUUUUACUAGCGUUGGAGGCUUGGACAAUUACAUUAAUCAACUGAAGGAAAUGGUUAUGUUGCCUUUAUUGUAUCCUGAAGUUUACACACGUUUUCACAUCACACCACCCCGUGGUGUUCUGUUUCACGGUCCUCCAGGAACUGGUAAGACUCUCAUGGCUAGAGCGCUAGCCGCAUCCUGUUCUACAGGAAAUACAAAAGUUACAUUUUUUAUGCGCAAAGGUGCAGACUGCCUCUCCAAGUGGGUAGGAGAGGCAGAAAGGCAACUGAGACUACUGUUUGAAGAAGCUAAAAACCAACAGCCAAGCAUUAUCUUUUUUGACGAAAUUGAUGGCUUGGCUCCGGUGAGGUCGUCGAAGCAAGAGCAGAUCCACGCCUCCAUCGUGUCUACACUUUUGGCCCUCAUGGAUGGGAUGGACAAUAGAGGUCAGGUCAUUGUAAUUGGUGCAACGAACCGCCCAGAUUCAGUUGAUCCCGCUCUCAGAAGACCUGGGCGAUUUGAUAGGGAGUUUUAUUUCCCAUUACCAGAUCUCAGAGCAAGAAAGGAAAUUCUUCAAAUUCAAACCAAAAACUGGAGCCCUCCACUGGAACCAACUUUCGUCGAAAAACUUGCAGAAUUGACAAAAGGUUACGGUGGUUCGGAUUUGCGGGCUUUGUGCACGGAAGCAGCAUUGAACAGUAUCCAAAGAAAGUAUCCUCAAGUUUAUCAAAGCCAACUGAAAUUACAAAUAGACCCCUCCAAAAUAGAAGUCUCCUCAAAUGAUUUCAUGCUAGCUUUGGAGAAAAUAAUCCCUUCAAGUGCUCGAUCUAUUGCAAGCCCCAGUAACCCCCUUCCCAAGUCGUUGGAGUCCCUACUUAAAAAGAACCUAGACAAUAUAAUAGCAGAAUUACACCAAUCUUUACCAACUGAAAAAAGGGUGACAUUAUUGGAGGAUUCACAGUAUGUUGACUAUUCCAGCAUGGGAAAAAAUAAAUUUGACAGACAGGAACUUAUUCAGUCAUUGAAACGAUCCAGAGUUUAUAAACCAAGAUUAUUGAUUUCAGGUGGUUCAGGAAUGGGACAAAUAUAUCUCGGACCAGCUAUUUUGCAUCACAUGGAAGGUUACCAUGUCCAGUCGUUAGACUUGGGAACCCUGUACAAUGAUAGUUCCAAUUCCUCAUCAACUUUGGAAGCGGUCAUAGUACAAAAGUUCAUGGAAGCAAAGAAACACAAACCCUCAAUAGUGAUAGUUCCAUCUUUGGAUAUUUGGUUUAGAUCUGUUCCAGACACUGUUAUUUCAACUAUAUCGGCUCUUUUAAGAAGUGCUGAUGCCAAUGAUCAGCUCUUGAUUUUAGGAUUACUUGACUCCUCAAGACUGGUUGCGGAAGAGAAACAAAUUUUGUUGGAUGUUUUCGAGUUCAAGAAUGUAAUUGAACUGAAAUACCCAGAUAAAGAUGAAAGAAGAGAUUAUUUUGAGCAAAUAUUUGCUGCUCUUAAUUUGAAGCCAAUCGAGUUCAACGAAAUUGAUACUAGGCCUAGACGAAAGUUGAGGGACUUACCCCAAGUGCAACAGGAAUCUACAGUAGAAGCAAAUGAUAAAAGCACAGUAAAACAAUUGGAAAAACUAGAUAUGAGACUCAAAAACAUGUUGAAGAUCAAACUGAGUGCUUUGAUGGAACUAUUCAAACAAAGGUAUAAACGAUUUAGAAAGCCCACCAUUGAUGAUUCUUAUCUGGUUCACUUGUUCCAUGACUACAUUAGCAACAUUCAUCCUGAAGAUCAGCCCUAUCAACGUGACGGAGACAUGAUAUUAGAGGUUGCUACUGGGAAAAAGUUUUAUAACAUGGAUCUUGAUGUAAUAGAAGAAAGAAUUUGGAAUGGCUUCUAUAGUGAGCCAAAGCAAUUUCUUAAAGACGUUGAAAUGAUUUACAGAGAUGCACGCGAGUUUGGGGAACGUGAGAGACUAUUGAAGGCUUCGGAAAUGUUUGCAAAUGCCCAAGUGGGAAUAGAAGAAAUAGGUGAUGCUAAUUUCAUCAAGGAGUGUAAAAUGAUGCAUGCAAGAGAGACAGAAAGACAAAGAAAAUAUCUUCAACAAAGCAAGAAUCAAUUAGCACUGGAUCAAGCCUUUAUCAAUGUGCACACAGACAGCAAGCCGGAAGAAGCCGGUCAAGAAGAUUCUACAAGAAUACUAUACGAAUCUCAGCAAGCAGAAACUGCAGAACCAGGCAUCAAUCCAACUUCGAAUUCAGAGAAUUUGGUCCCUUCUCUUGUUGAAGAUACUUUUAUGGCGACUAGCACCCAGGCUCCAGAGGGAGAUCAGACCGUAUUGGUUGAAGAUUCAGAACUGCCUGGUGGAUCGCAGAAUCAAUUGCAGGCUCAAAUAAAACCGCCUAAUGGAAUAGCGGUGAGCGACAUCUUUGAGUCUACUGAGCUUCUUCAGCCCCCAUUAGCUGAAAGUACCAAAGAUAUUGGGGCCACAAGUGCUUCUAAUGAGGAAUCCGUGCUAGAGGCCAAGGGUGAGACUAACUCGAAUGCGAGUGAACCACCCAACCUUGAUCCUGACUCCGGACCGGACAUUCAAGAGUUCCACGCAAGAUUCAAUGUUAAUUUAGAGUAUGAUCAAGAAUAUGCCAAUAGGCUCAAAGAGCUUCUGGUAAAUAAAACUGUAAAGUUCAACAUAGAUCAACUGCAGGAGCAUAAUUCUCAGUUAACUAAGAUUAUCUGGGACGACCGAAAGCAAUUGAACAAAAAAGGGACUUUGACUAAAAUAGAAGAGUAUAUUAACAGGAUUUAA